GUUCAAAGGAAUGGCUUGUCAUCUUGCGCUUGCUGCAACAAAUCGAAAGCGUAGAUGCAACGAAUUAGAAUCUUCAGAUGCACCCAGGAAGCGAAAUAGCCUUGCAAGAAUUGUAAACCACGUAGUGUUGGUGCAAGUAGUCAACGGAACUUGUUGUAUUUUUGUCGCUGUACUAGGACAAGCAUUGUUACAAGAACAACUAGUAGCACGCGCUCAACACCACGGCCUUGUCGUCCUCAU